GGCAGCUCGGCCGGCACUCAGUGGCGGGGCGCAAGGGGGACCCCGAGGAGGUACAGCUGGGGCGCCCCGGGAGCGGACCGUGAGGGCGGGGGAAGGGCCGAGGCCGUGAGGGGGACCCCGGCCCUGAGCGCGGACAGCCUGUCCCGGGGCACACGGGGACACAUGAGCCUCCCCCUCUGAGGGGCCCGGACCCUGGAGGACGGAAGGACCCGCGUCCCGCCGCUGCGCCCUGCCCUCGUCCGCGGGGUCCCCAAGGAAAAGCAGCAAGUCUGGGCCCCCAUGCGAGGAGUCCCGAGGCCCCUCCGUGGGAGCCGCCCAGGACCUGCGAGCGGUGGCCGGUAGAAGGGGCAGGCGGGUCGCCGGGCCGGAGCCCUGCCCCAGGCCAAUGAGGCCGGCACAUGUGGCCAGGCAGACCCGAGAGCCCCUGGAGGGGCGGGCCCCCCGCCAUGCAGUCCGACGACCUCUUUGUCCGCAGGCUUCGCCAGCCCGCCAGGCCGGCCCUGACCCCUCACACCUUUGAGCCCAGGGUGUCCCCUGGGCCCGGGGCUCCCCUGCUGCGGAGUGGCAGCGAUGCGGGGGAGGCGCGGCCCCCCCCCACGGCGAGCCCCCGCGCCCGAGCCCACAGCAACGAGGAGGGGGGCCGCGGGGCCACCCCCGCCCGGCUCUUCGCCGACCCUCUGGCCUUGCUGGGCCUGCCGCCCGAGGGAGAGCCGCCCCCCGAGUUCCCGGCGGCCCCGGAGCCCCGCUGGUUCGCGCACUAUGAUGUCCAGAGCCUCCUCUUUGACUGGGGAGCCGGGGCCAGGGAGCCCCCCGACACCCCUCCCACUCCCAGCCCCGCUCAGGCCUCGGGCUCGGACCUGCUCCUGGGGGCUCCGGGCUUCCUGAGCGAGGUGGGGGGGGAGGGCGAGCUGGGCCUGGGCGGCUUGUUGCCCCCGGCGCUGCCCCCCACGCUGCCCAACGCGGCCAUCUCCAUCCUGGAGGAGCCCCAGACUCGCUCUGAGCCGCACAGCUUGGAGCACACCGACGCGGGGGCCGGCUACUACCGCAAGUACUUCUAUGGCAAAGAGCACCAGAACUUCUUUGGGAUCGACGAGAACCUGGGCCCGGUGGCCGUGAGCAUCCGGCGGGAGGAGAAGGAGGGCGGCGGCUCGGCCAGCCCCCAGCACAGCUACCGCCUCAUCAUCAGGACCACUCAGCUGCGGACCCUCCGAGGCUCCAUCUCCGAAGAGGUCCUGCCCCCCGGCCCUCCCCGAGGCCUGUCCCCCAAAAAGCUCCUGGAGCACGUGGCCCCCCGGCUGAACCCCGCCUGCCUGCGCCUGGGCUCGGCCUCCCCCAAGGUGCCUCGCACCCUCCUCACCCUGGACGAGCAGGAGCUAAGCCUCCAGCGCAAGGUGGGCGUCCUCUACUGCCGGGCGGGCCAGGCCUCCGAGGAGGAAAUGUACAACAACGAGGAGGCCGGGCCGGCCUUCACCCAGUUCCUGCAGCUCCUGGGGGAGGUGGUGAGGCUCAAAGGCUUCGAGCAUUACCGAGCCCAGCUGGACAUCAAGACGGACUCCACGGGGACACACUCUGUCUACACCACCUACCAAGACCACGAGAUCAUGUUCCACGUCUCCACCAUGUUGCCUUACACCCCCAACAACCAGCAGCAGCUCCUGCGGAAGAGACACAUCGGCAACGACAUCGUGACCAUCGUCUUCCAGGAGCCGGGGGCGCACCCCUUCUGCCCCAGCACCAUCCGCUCCCACUUCCAGCACGUGUUCCUGGUGGUCCGGGCCCACGCCCCCUGCACCCCCCACACCUCCUACAGCGUGGCUGUGAGUCGGACCCAGGACACCCCGGCCUUCGGCCCCGCCCUGCCCCCCGGCGGGGGGCCUUUCCCGGCCUCCCCGGCCUUCCGGGCCCUGCUGCUGGCCAAAGCCCUCAACGGCGAGCAGGCGGCCAGCCGCGCGCGCAAGUUCCACGCCAUGGCCACGCGCACGCGGCGGGACUACCUGCUGGAGCUGGCCACCAAUGAGGUGACCACGACCUCUCUGGACUCGGCCUCCCGCUUCGGGCUGCCCUCCCUGGGGGGUCGCCGGCGCGAGCGGCCCCGGGGCCCGGGCGGGGAGCUGCAGGCGCAGGGAGCCCUGGUGUGGGGGGUGCGGGCCGCCCCGGGGGGCGAGGAGGGGGCGGCCGAAGUCCCCUGCCUGCUGGGCGUCUCGGCCGAGACCCUGGUGCUGGUGGCCCCCCGGGACGGCCGAGUCGUCUUCAACUGCGCCUGCCGGGACAUACUGGCCUGGACCUUCUCCGAGCACCAGCUGGACCUGUACCACGGCCGGGGGGAGGUGCUGACCCUGCGGGUGGGCGGUGCCCCCGGCGAGGCCGUGGGCGAGAUCGUGGCCAGGCUGCAGCUGGUGAGCCGAGGCUGUGAGACCCGCGAGCUGGCGCUGCCCCGGGACGGCCAGGGCCGCCUGGGCUUUGAGGCGGACGAGGGGGGCUUUGUGAGCCACGUGGAGCGGUUCACCUUCGCCGAGACCGCCGGGCUGAGGCCGGGGGCUCGGCUCCUGAGGGUCUGUGGCCGCCCCCUCCCCCGGCUGGGACCCGGGGCCGCCGCCGCCCUCCUGCGCUCGGCCCCUAAGGUCUGCGUCACCGUCCUGCUGCCUGACGAGAGCGGCCGGCCCCGAAGGAGUUUUUCCGAGCUCUAUGAGAUGUCGCUGCAGGAGCCGGGGCGGCGGGGGCUCCAGGGCCCGACCACCCUCCAGACGCUGCACGGGCUGAGCCUGCAGGACGGCUCCCCGGCCCCCGGCCCCCCCCCAGGCCUCCCCGAGGAGAGGACCGAGUUCCUGCGCAGUCAGAGCGAGCCCUCCCCCCAAAGCUCCCUGUCCGAUGGGGUCCCCGUCCUGCCAGACGCCACCCCGGACCUCCUCUUGGUCACCACCCAUAAGGCCCCGCAACCUGUGUGCCCCCUGACCCAGGCCCUCCCUGACACUUCCAUUGGACAAGAGGCUCUGGAAGCCCCGCCCCCGCUGCCCAGGGAGCUGAGCGAUUCUUUCCUGCCUCGGACCCUCUCCCUGAGGAAUUCCAUCAGCAAGAUCCUGUCUGAGGCUGGCAGCGAGCCCCUGGACGAGGAGUGGAAAUCCAUCGCGGAGAUCGCGUCCACCUGCAACAGCAUCCUGGAGGCGCUCUCCCGGGAGGGCCAGCAGCUGCCGGAGGCCCGGGAUCCCAGGGAAGCCUCCAAGGCCGAGUCCGACCCGGCCUCGGGGAGCCUGUCGGAGAAGGUCUCCCACCUGGAGAGCAUGCUGAAGAAGCUUCAGGAUGACCUGCAGAAGGAGAAGGCGGACAAGGCGGCCCUGCAGGAGGAGGUUCGGAGCCUCAGACACAACAACCUCCGGCUUCAGGCAGAGUCCCAGAGCGCCGCCGCCCGCCUGCUCAGAGCCUCCCAGCAGCUGGGGAGCCCGGGCCCCUGAUGCCCGCCUGCACCCGGGCCCAGGACUUCCUGCUGGGGCAGAUGUGGCCGGCGCUGCCCCGUCCCCCCUCCUCUGCCUCAGGGGUCUGGAGUGGGGCCGUGUACUGUGUAAAAGUGACCCCCUGCCCCCUCCUGGCCUUUCCCAGGAGCCUCCUGGGCCGCCUUCUCCCAGCCCAUCUGUAAAUACCACUGGGCAGAGCUGCCCUCGUUUUGGAAAGUAAAGAGCCAGCGGGCACCGUG